CAGUUCCCUGAGAGACGUGCGCUGCCAUCUUGAGCGCCGGCUGUUUCUGGGUGUCGCCAUCUUGUCUUUCCGUCAGCGUGGGGGGCGCCAUCUUGUGCCCUCUUGAUGAAUGAACGGCGCCGUGAAGGAGUGAGUGCAUCCGGUUUGGUCGGCUGCCUCCCCUCUCCCCGUGGCUGACCAUGGAGACCCGCCGCCUCGUGUGCCUUCUCCUUCUCGCCCUCCUGGGGAGCGCCCUGGCGGCCCCAGAGCUGGUUAAUGAAGACGUCAAGCGAACGGUGGACCUCAGCACCCACCUGGCCAAAGUGACGACCGAGCUGACUCUGGCCAAUCCUCCGGGCGGCUCUGGUUCCACCACGUCCUUCCUUCUGGCUUUGGAGCCCGGCCUGGAGAGCCACCUGGCCUACCUGGGGGUGCAGGUAAAAAGCGAGGAAGAGGAGGACAAUACUUUGGAAGUGAAAGAUGCAAAAGGAAAGGGAAUAAGUGGCAAAUUCUUCACUGUGAAAUUGCCAUCUCCUUUGGCUCCAGGUGCAAAGAUUCGCUUAUCUAUUGAAAUGGUUUUUACUCAUGUCCUACAACCAUACCCUACGCACAUAACCCAGGCAGAAAAACAGUUUGUUGUUUUUGAAGGUAAUCAUUACUUUUACUCUCCUUAUGCAACAAAGACCCAAACUACUCGGGUGAAAUUGGCCGCAAGAAAUGUGGAAAGCUACACCAAACUAGGCAAUCCCAGCCGGUCAGAGGACAUGAUUGAAUAUGGACCCUUCAAGGAUGUACCGCCAUACAGUGAGGAUAUUCUUAAAGUGCACUAUGAAAAUAAUAACCCAUUCCUAACUAUCACCAGCAUGACACGUGUCAUUGAAGUUUCUCACUGGGGGAAUAUUGCAGUAGAAGAGACUGUUGACUUAAAGCAUACAGGAGCCGUCCUCAAAGGGCCUUUCUCCAGAUAUGACUACCAAAGGCAACCAGAUAGUGGAAUAUCGUCUGUGAAAUCUUUUAAGACUAUUCUUCCUGCAGCUGCCCAAGAUGUAUAUUACAGAGAUGAAAUAGGCAACAUAUCUACCAGUCAUCUUCUUGUUUUGGAUGACUCUGUAGAAAUGGAGAUUCGCCCUCGAUUCCCACUGUUUGGUGGCUGGAAGACACACUACAUCAUUGGUUACAACUUACCUAGUUAUGAAUAUCUAUUUAAUCUUGGUGAUCAGUAUGCACUGAAGAUGAGAUUUGUUGAUCAUGUAUUUGAUGAGCAAGUGAUAGACUCCCUAACUGUAAAGAUAAUUCUUCCAGAAGGUGCCAAGAACAUCCAUGUGGAUAGUCCAUAUGAAAUCAGCAGGGCUUCCGAUGAGCUUCACUACACCUAUUUGGACACCUUUGGCCGCCCAGUCAUUGUGGCACACAAGAACAAUCUAGUUGAACAACACAUCCAGGAUAUUGUGGUACACUAUACCUUUAACAAGGUCCUGAUGUUGCAAGAACCUCUUCUGGUAGUUGGAGCCUUCUAUAUCCUAUUCUUUACAGUGAUUCUGUAUGUGAGGCUGGACUUCUCUAUCACUAAGGAUCCAGCUGCAGAAGCUAGAAUGAAAGUUGCUUGUAUUACAGAGCAGGUUCUCACCGCAGUGAAUAAAAGGCUAUGUCUGUACCGUCUUUUUGAUGAAGCUGUGAAUAAGUACAAGCAGACCCGGGACAUUUCUGCUUUGAACAGUGGCAAAAAAUCUCUGGAGACUGAACACAAGACCUUAACCAGUGAAAUAGCCUCAUUGCAAUCUAAGCUGAAGACAGAAGGCUCUGAUCUGUGUGACAAAGUCAGUGAAAUUCAAAAACUUGACAGCCAAGUCAAGGAGCUGGUUCUAAAAUCUUCUGUGGAGGCAGAACGGCUGGUUGUUGGCAAGCUUAAGAAGGAUACAUAUAUAGAGAAUGAGAAGAUCCAUUCCAGCAAGCGUCAGGAAUUGAUCACCAAAAUCGACAACAUCUUGGAUGCCUUAUAAGUUAGAAUUAAAAUGAUGGGAGCAUAUGUGACUGAGUGGACACACUGAGCCACAAUAAACUGGGAAGUGUGGGUGUAGGGGAUGUGUCACGGCUAUAAAAUUUUUGUGAGGUUUUUGUUUUGUUUUCUUUGGAAGCUGUCUUCAAAAUUUAGGAUUACUUGUAAGGUCUAUUGCUUUUUGAGAAACUUACUAUUUGGAAAAGGCUUGUUAUAACAUACCUUGGACUUGUUAUAACUACAGUCAUUCCACGAAGUUCAAAGAAUUAGCCAGUGAUUUCAAAAUCAGUUGAAAGGUGCCAAUUUCCAGAAAAGAGGCAUGCAUAUAGGCCUGCUGUUGUCACUGGAUGUCAUGAUCUGAGAGAAUAAAUAUAAGUGGUUAUGUACAAAUGUCAAUGGCAACUCUUUUAUCCUCCACCUUUGAAUUUAUACUUACAAAUUUUGGAGAUAGGGAUGUGGACAAGUAACAUGAACAAAGGUUUUGUGUUUUGUUUUUUUUUACUAUUUGUCUCAGAUUGAUAUUCUUCUUCACUUGAACUUUUUGAGCCUCAUGAAAUUACAGCAGCAGGUAGAGUCCAGUGAAAGUGGAGGGGGUAGUUGAGAUUCACUUGCUUAUAGCCUGUACUUUUUCUCAGAUGGAUUCUCAGAAAAAUGUUGAAAACAUCAAAGUGAAAUAAAGACUUCUGGAUGUUC